AUAAAGUAUAAAUUAUCUGAAUUUCUGACAGUCGUGAUCGAAGAAUGCAUUAAGUAUCUUUUGAAUGGAUUGUAUAUACGCGAAUAUUCAAACUUUUUUAUUUGUUAAGGUAAUUUUUGUUGAAUAACUUUUUGAUGAAUGGUAAAUAAUAGAAUUAUUACUCUGCAUAUAUUUUUUCAAUGAAGUAUAUCCAGAUAACUGAUCUCUAAUUUACCUACUCCUAUAUUCAAACGAAGAGAAUCAAUAAAUUCACAUUCGAUAUUGAACAUUAGCUAGAUAUUUCAAAUUCUUCAUUACUCUGCAUAUAUUUCUUCAAUUAAGUAUCUAGAACUUAUAUCUAAUUUACUUAUAUUUCCAAACGAAGAGAAUUAGUAAAUUCACAUUCGAUAUUGAACAUUAGCUAGAUAUUUCAAAUUCUUGCACCACUUGCCCCCAACACUAUGAGGCAGAGAGGAAGAUCUUAUUAUAAGUCAAAAGGACUAUCCGGAUGCGAAGAAACAUGAUAUUGUGGAAAUCUACCACCCAUGGCCUGAGGAAGAUAACCAAAAAAUCAAGAAUAAACCAGAACUAGAAGAAGAGUUCCCAAGACUUCUGCUCCAAAUUAAAGCUUUCACCGAUGAUUUGUUACAAGCUAGGGAAACCAUCAGCAUCGAACAAAGCAUUGCAUCAGCAUUUGGCUUACAGACAUAUAAGAAUGUAACAAUUCGUAUUGUUAACCCAUCAGAUGUAGCUUUAGAUUCCAUAGAGCUUACCUUUAAAGACCAGUAUAUGGGUAGGUCAGAGAUGUGGCGACUCAAAAACAGUUUGGUCAAUACCUGCGUUUACAUGAACAAAAAAAUCGAAUUUUGUUGUGCAGCAGUCAGGUGCCAAGUAUAUGAAAUGUGGGCCCAAGGAGAUAGAGUGGCUUGUGGAGUGAUAACUGAGGACACCAAAGUUGUUUUCCGAUCAUCAACGUCUAUGGUGUAUCUGUUUUUACAGAUGUCAUCAGAAAUGUGGGACUUCGAUAUUUACGGUGAUUUAUAUUUUGAAAAAGCUGUGAACGGUUUCCUUGCUGAUCUUUUUAUGAAAUGGAAAAAAAAUGGUAGUAACCAUGAAGUGACGAUAGUUCUUUUUUCGAGAACUUUCUAUGAAGCUAACAACUUGGAAGAAUUUCCACAUCACAUGAGAGAGUGCCUACAAAAAGAUUAUAGAGGAAGAUAUUAUGAAGAUUUUUAUAGAGUUGCAAUUCAAAAUGAGCGAUAUGAUGACUGGAGUGUGGUAUUAGUUCAAUUGAGAAGAAUUUUCCAAAGUUAUUUGAAAAUUGUGUUGGAAUAUCAUUCCAGGCCUGGAUUGAUUAUACCUAUUGCUAGUAACAGUACUGCAGCUCAAGGAAACUUCUUAGAAGUUUUGAAUAUGUCUUUGAAUGUUUUCGAGAAACAUUAUCUGGAUCGCAAUUUUGAUCGCACAGGACAAUUGAGUGUUGUAGUUACUCCCGGAGUAGGAGUAUUUGAGGUCGACCGUGAGUUGACAAAUAUUACCAAACAGCGAAUAAUAGAUAAUGGUGUUGGUAGCGACUUGGUGUGUGUUGGUGAACAACCGUUACAUGCUGUUCCAUUACUGAAGUUUCAUAAUAAAGAUACUCACCUCAACGUGCCUGAUGAUUAUUCCAUGCCACAUUGGAUCAAUUUAUCUUUUUACUCGACAAACAAAAAAAUUGCAUAUUCUACUUUCAUCCCAAGAAUAAAGUUGCCUCCACCCUUGUCCGAUGAAGAGGUUCGAAAGGAUUCUCCCAAAACUAAACUCCUUCAGGAAGAUGACUGUAUUCACAAUACCUUCUUUGAUUAUGAUGCUUAUGAUGCGAACAUCUUCCAAACACCAUCUGCUCAUCAUACUACAGAAACCAGUACCAUUCAUAAUAAGAUGCCACCACGUUAUAAAAGGAGUUCAGGCAGUAUAUUGGAUUCCCAGGAUUUUAGUAAAGGUCAGAGAAGGAAAUUGUCUGAUCCAGAUAUAAGUCUCCGAACUAAUUUGAAUGCUCGAUCUGACCCUAUUGCAAUUCCCCCAACAACAUCUUUCAGUCCCGUAACAUCACCACAUCCUGAAGAAAGGGAACUAUCACCUCCGGCAAGAAUGGUGGUAGGCUCUGAGGGCUCGCCUCCCUUUGAAUCAAGAGCACUUAUAAACCCCUUCGAUCCCUCGCACGUUACAAUCAAAUUGACAUCAAAUCGCAGGCGAUGGACGCACAUAUUUCCAAAAGGACCUACUGGAGUAUUGAUUCAACAACAUCAUUAUCAAGCCGUUCCUGCUAAGUCCGAUAGAAAUGAUGCGGACAAAGAUUGUUCUGAACAGAUUACUUCACCUGUUUGUAAAUCUGUUGGUGCCCUAGCGGCACUGCAAGAAUAUUGCAAAAAACGUCCCAACUCUCACAAUACUGGUCAGCAUCUAAAUGGGCCACCAAAAAAUACAACAAAGCGCUUAACUCUGCUCUGGGGUGCUACAGGUGAACAAGAAUGGACUCCUGCUCUAACUACAGGAGUGGAUUGGAAAUCACUAACGAUUCCUGCUUGCCUCCCUAUUACAACAGACUAUUUUCCUGAUAGACGAGCCCUAAAUAUCGAUUACGUGGUGUCCUUAUACAGUCUACUGCCUGAUAGUGUCAAUGCUGACUUUGCCCAACAACGAUCGACCAAUAAAAGACCCCUGACAACUGCAGAAGUAUUCAGAGAAUUAAUAUCACAACGUCUUUCACAAGGAUUUCAAUUGAUUUUGAUGGCUGAUAAUAAUAUCGAUUUGAACAAUCCAAAUCCCAAGAUGAGAGGAAGCAUGAUGAGGAAAAGUCCUACUGAAAAUGUGGAGAGCUAUUUCUUAUCUAUUGGCAGGUUGUUCCACAAAAUUUCAUUGGCUGGAAAUACGAUAUCUGUUACUAGAUAUAGACCAAGACAUCCCUAUCCUGGAUUCAACUAUCAAUAUCGCUAUAGAUUCCAUGCUCCUUGGCAUGACACCUACGAAGAAUCAUAUGCCACUUUCACUACUGAAAAAUUGGAACACUACAAUUGGAAUUAUCUGGAUCAUUAUGUUUGUACAGGAGGAACAACUGAGUUCGAUCUGGUCGAUGCUUUGAAAUAUUGGAGGUUCCGGGUAUAUUUGCUACCCUUGAAUAAUUCAGCUACAAAGAAAAUAGUUGAAGGGUCUGACCAUUGCGAUAUCUAUCAGAUCCAGACAAGUAUUGAACAUCAACAAAUGGUAGAUGGUUUGAUUAAAUUCAUAGAAACUGCAGUGAAUAAAAUAAAAAGAUCUACUAUACCAAAGAAACCUAGGAUGUCACUGAGCAUAUUAAGUUUACCACCACUGACGCAGCCUAGACGUAACAGUAUGAGCAAUUUUCAUCAGAGUACUACUUCUCGCUCGAGUGAUCGGUAUGUUGCACCUUCACUUAGGUCUGGUUCCAAAGUAAUGGAUAGAAGCAAGUUAUCUCAAGGCAUCCAAGAUACGUCAGUAGAUAUAAAAGAAGGAUUUGAAACCACUGUGGAUGAGAGCCCAAUCGUUCCCAUAUUCAUUAGAGCUAAUGCCAGCUCAAAUGAAAUAAUUGAAGCCAUGAAACAUCCUUCUGGGGGAUUCCAAUUCGUAGUCCUUAAUCAGAACUUUCCGAAUACCACUUUCAUUACUGCAGAAGCUGUGCAUUGGUUAAUGGUACAUAUGGAAUGUGUCACUACCAUUGAGAAGGGGGUACAGAGAGUUGUUCCAUUCGUCAGCAAACUGGGAGCGGCUGACGAUACCUGGUGGGCCAAAGAAGAAUUGCCUUGUUCCUGCUGA